CGACAUGCUUUGGAGCCAUCACAAAAAACUUACGUGAUGCAGCCCACUAACAAGAAAUACGUUAUUGUUGACGUCCUACAGAAAAAACAACUUAUGAUAGCAUCAAAGGACUGGAUAGUUGGCAAUGACCUUUGCCUUCUUCCGAACGAGCUGGUCGAAAUACACCUGCAGAAGUGCGACCAACCGAAUGAAAAUUGGUCGCUUAUGAAAUGUAAAGUGAUUCACGAAUUAGAUUCUCUGCAGUCAGCAAAAGACCUGUUAGUUGCCCUACAGGUACUGGAAUGUCAACGGAAAAACACCUCUACGGAUGAAAACACUUUGCCACUGAACACUGAGAAGCCAAAGAGAGGUUUAAUGAAGCGUAAAGAAGAUUUUCUUUACAAUUCAGUUGACAUGGAUGUGGCUGAAAUGCAGGCUGGGAAUAGCCGCGUACAAUAUCCAAAAUUCCGUGUUUUCGACAAAGUGAUAUCGCCAAUCGCCAAUUCAACACAAUUAGAGAUAUCACCAUCCACAUCGCAAUGUAAGCCUGUUGGUGGCACUGUAUUGGACCAAUUGUAUACUGUGGUGCUGAAGAUGUCGUCAGCUAUCAAUGACUUGACUAAAACGAUUAACAACAUGUCGUCCGCCAUUAUGGACUUGAAUGUUAAUGUUAACCAAUUGCUUUCAAAGUCUAAUGAGCGCGAAAGACCGCAUCAAUUCGAUUGCGGACUGUCAAGUCAGCAGUUCCCUUUGUCAUCUGAAGAGGAACUACAGAUGCUAGAUACUGGUUUGUCGCAGAAAGAAACCAGGGACAGAUUUAUGGCAAUGGUCACUAGGUUAUCAGGUGACGAUCCAAAAACGUCCAUGCGUUUUGUUCUGUCGCAUCUGCUGACACCGGAGGUUGCCAGUAAAUUCACGUUACUUGGCACCUCUUCAAAACGAGCACUACAGAAAUGCCUUUUGUCAUCCUCUGUCAACGAGAAAGACCUUGGUAAGCUGUACGACAUAGCGACACAAGGUUACUUUCACGACAUCCGAGACAAGAUGAUUAAACGAAAUAGAAAAAAAGAAAAUCCGGUAUGUACUAAUUUAAAGUGAUAACUUCCCUACGGCUCUAUAGUUACAGUCAACAAUACUAACGAACAUAACCGUAAGUUCAGCUUCAAGUAUUUAGCUGUGCAAAAGCAUGUCAUUGAGAUAUGGUUGUGAUUUUUUUUGUUCGUUUUUUUAUUUCAGAAUUCACAGGAGGACUACCUCAAUUCUGAAUAGUCCGUGCAAUUUUUUUGUUGUUCUACCUCGAUUUCAAUAAACAUUAUUCUUUCAAACAGCUUACUCUUUUACUUACAUGGGAAACUGUUGAAGUGUUGAGAAUGUGUGUCUGAGUUUCAGUGAACUUUUGAUUAAAUGCACAUUCCCUAUGAAUAAAAUAUAACCUGUUCCUUGUUUUUCAGAUAAUUACAAAUAACAAUGAAUUAGCAAUUGCAUUGGAUAUGCAUAACAAUCGAUGCUUAAGCUUGUGCUUUACUGUUGUACAAUAAUACGCUUUUCUUUUUAAAUAAAAUUUU